UCAUGCCCACUUAUAUUUAAAUGUCCCUGGUAGCAUUCUUCGAUGGCGGGAUACAUGGUAGAGUCAUUAUUAUUACCAGUAAUCAAAAUGGAGGCAAUGGAUGAGCUGGGAGAGGAGGAUGCUUUGUAAAGCAAGCCCGGCUGCCUGGUGAGGGCAGGGUUGGGGGCUGCUUUACGUAUAUGGGGCUGCUGAGUGUUGGGGAAAUAUUCCAUCUCAUGGCCUCGAGGAAACAGCUAUAACACAAGACGUAGAGCUCACGGGCCUGGGCUCAAAUUCCAGGCAUGCUGCUCACUACCCGUAUGACCUAAGGCAAGGCAACCUUUCUGGGCUUUCGUUUCCUCAUUUGUAAACUAAAGUCCCUUCUGGCUCUCAGUCCUCCUGGUCUUUUCACUGUCCAGGGCUGCCUCAAAUGAUCCCGUGGGGUCAACCAUCAAAGCCUUUUAAUCACUAUCUUUGUAGAUGAGGAAACUGAGGCACAGACAAGGGGAGUGACUUAAGCUGUGUUCUUCUGUCUCAGUAUGGGCUCUUUUCAUUUUCUCCGCCACGUAACUCAGAGAAGGCAGACCUGUACUGGGAGCCCACCAGAGAUGCCCCUCUUUGGGAAUACGUUCAGCCCCAAGAAGACGCCCCCUCGGAAGUCUGCCUCUCUUUCCAAUCUGCACUCUCUGGACAGAUCCACUCGGGAGGUCGAGCUGGGAUUGGACUAUGGGACGCCGACCAUGAACCUGGCUGGGCAGAGCCUCAAGUUUGAAAACGGCCAGUGGAUAGCGGAGUCAGGGGCCUGUGGAGGCGGAGACCGCAGGGAGGCCCAGCGACUGCGGAAGAGGAACCAGCAGCUGGAAGAAGAAAAUAACCUCCUACGGCUCAAAGUGGACAUCCUGCUGGACAUGCUCUCUGAGACCACAGCCGAGUCCCACCUCAUGGAGAAGGAGCUGGAUGAGCUGAAGAGCAUUAGCCGGAGGAGGAAGUGAUGUCAGAGGUGCCAGGCCCCGGGGGUCGGUGUCCAAGGGUCAGGGAAGAGGGAGGGGCUGGCCCUGGUGGACACGUCCAGGUGGCAGAGGACAGCGCCAUGCAGGAUGGGCUGGAGCCGUGCCUCUGCUCCAGGAGAAGAUGGGGACUCGAUCCAGAGCCCGGAGAUCUUGGGGUGAUGUGGCGAAGCAGCCCCAGCCAGAGCUAACCCGAUGGAGGGCAGAGCCGCCCCCUCCCCCGCCAAGGCGCGUCGUGGCCUGAGGUCCGGUGCUGGCCUCUGGCCUGGUCUGUCCCUCUCCCAGAUUAGUAGCUUGGUGGCUGCAGUGGCUCUUCCAGCCACCACCUCUUCUGGCGGCUGCCACGGCUGUGCAGUUUUUCUAGUUUUUGCUGUUUCUGUUUUCAUUAAAGACGAUGAAAUCA